AUGCACCCACGUGCUUUGUGGGCCCCUGGUGAUGUUUACCUGCGAUGCCGGUGUAGAAUCGCUUCACAGAGCCAUCAAAAUAGCCUUUUGCAGACUUCGCGCAAUCCCAAUACUGCCAUAAGUUUUCGGCAGACUCGUCCUGGGCGCAGACUCCAUACGUCGACACCUCACCUACAAUCCUUCGUUACCCCCGUGCCCAUCGACCUCGCUGUCGAUCCCGUCUUUAUCGCCCGUCCGCCACAACUGCCCGUUCGCGACCACCUGCAGAAGUGGCAAGAACAGUAUGGAGGACCUAGCGAGGAGACGCUCUCUGCCUUUCAGAAGCAUCCAGCGAAUGGUGACAUAAUGAAUAGCUUCUCGAAAGUCUCGAGUGCAUCCGCCGUAGAAGAACAGACGGAAGGGGACAGAUGGUUUGCGGGUGAAGACGAUGACGGGGAAGAUCUGAUCACUAUCGGUCUCUUUUUGAAGCCCGGAGAUGUGGUCGAACUCUCGCAAGCUGGACGAGAGCCUGUUCUCGCCGUCUUCGUCCAGCAACUGGACAGCAACAGCCAGUUCUACACCAUCAACGGGAGAUGGGCCCACUCGAAUCUUGCCCAGAUAUCCUUUGCAAUCCCAGGCUGUGUAGAUCCUGCGCUGCUACGACCACUCUUACCGUUUCUACCUACGGAUCCUGAUAAAGCGAAUCCCAAGGGCGAAGUCCAUGUGCCAGCCAAGGUAGCUGCUCCGGUGCAACAGCUCCUUAAUAACCUGGCCGUAAUGUCUGAAGCUGUUUACCGUAAGAAUGCGCCUGUCUUGGACACCGCUUACGCUGUGCUUGCAGACAACAGCCGUGUUAGAAUGAUGACACUUGCGCAAAUUGCGAAGACCUUGCUAGCUCAAGGCGACACCAUGUGGAAGCCCUCUUCGUCAGAUCUUUUAGCAGUGAGGAAAGCUUUGAACCACAACACUUUUCGCUUCCGUUCGGAUCAGCGUAGUCAUCGUUUGACCAACGUCUUUGCCAUUCGUCCUAAAAGUGACGUACACGUCGUCGAGACCGUUCACCAAUGGAUACGUGAAUAUUUCGAGUCUCUAGCUAGGCCUGCAAGCAAUCCAAAACCCGACACGACAAGUAUGAAAGGAGUCAGAAACAUUGUGCAAUUCCUGGAAAAGGCUCGCAGGUUAAUCGCGAAGAGCAGGGAGGAUCGCGACCCUACUUCAGGUGGACUGGGACCCAGCAAAAGCCGAAACACACAUGCAUCAACUAUGGCACUGCGAGCUACCACAGGCGAAACGUUCACGAGGACCGACCAUGAAAUUAUUACAUUUCUGCAAGCCUGGGUCCUCAAUAACCAAUUUCAGAAUAUGGGUGGGCUACAUUCUGCCUGUGCUGAUCUCGUAGCGGCCACCGGAUGCUACAAACCUGGAGUCAUCCAGCAUCCAGCCGAUCAAGAUUCGCAAUCGGACCUGAUCCGUCGCGCAACAGGUCUUGUGUUCCUGCAAGAGAUUGGCGUCGUCACGCCCUACGAGAAUCGUUCAAUAUAUGACGAGCAGCUCAUGCUUCCAACAGUCCGGCGUUCACGAAACUUGGAUGCGCUCAACGAGAGAGCAAGUUUGCUACGAAUCACGCCUGACUUUAGGGACUCCAUGGCUGACAUGCGUCGAGAUUGGGGGUCGACCAACGUCUAUUGUAUAGACGAUGUCGGGGCUCAAGAAAUCGACGACGGCAUCUCAAUUGAGAAGGUUACGAACGCACGUUCAGAGUUCUGGGUACAUGUCCAUGUGGCGAAUCCGACUGCAUUUUUUAACAAAUCGCACACACUGUCCAGCCUCGCUGCACAUAUGACUCAGACUGUGUACACACCGGAGCGGACGUUUCCUAUGCUACCACGGUGGGCUACCAACGAACACUUCAGUCUCCAGCGUAACCGUCCCGUCAUCACGUUCAGCUCCAGGGUCGAUCAUGAUGGGAAUGUGCUCGAAACGAACAUUUCGCAUGGAAUCAUCCGCAACCCAGUCUCGAUCACACCUUCGGAAUUGGCGUCGAGCCUAGGCGAGAACGCUGAGGGGGAAAGACAGAGACUUGUUGUUGGCGGCACAGUAGAGAUCAGUACCAAAUCGCGAGUAAGUCCGGCGAUCAACCCCGGUCAAGUCCAAGAAUUGCGGAAUCUCUACACCAUCGCCAGGGCGCUUUCGAAGAAGCGUCAAAAACGUGGCGGAAUAUCCAUGUUCAACAGCUCACCGAGCGUCCGUGUCUUUGAAAGCACACUGAAACCCGGUCUGACAUGGACUGCGCCAUCUCCGAAUGCUUCACGUUCCAUUAAAAGCGAUCCAAUCAUCGAAAUCACAAAGGCUGCACCAAAAGGAUUCCUUCGUUUCGAUAUGGACGCUACCAACAUAGUUGAGGAGAUCAUGAUCUUAGGAUGCUCGACAGCUGCGGCCUGGUGUGGGGAUCGAGGCAUACCAGUGAUGUUCAGAGGGUCGGUCGCUCCACCUAAUGUCAAUCGAGCAUCAUCAGAUGAAUUGAAACACGAUAUCAUGUCGAACUACCUGGAAAAACGUCGGAAUCCGCCCCUUCAUCUGACCACGCAAUACAUGGAGUCGUUGGGGAGAGCCAUUGCUCACACGUCCCCAUUGCCACACAGAGUCAUUGGAGUCCCCGGUUAUGUUCGAGUGACGAGUCCACUUCGACGCUUCAGUGACAUGAUAGCACACUGGCAGAUCGAAGCCGCUAUUCGCUACGAGUUCGAGACCGGCAGAAAAUUCAACGGUGCCGGACCAAGCUCCCCGGCUGGUAUUCUGCCAUUCAAUUUGCGUCAAAUUCAGGAGUCAAUCAUAACACUUUCGCCUCGAGAAAAACUUAUAGCCGCAACACAGAGGAAUGCUGUCAACCAUUGGGUUUCUCAGGCUUUCCUGCGCGCUUUGCACUACAACGAAGCUGACCUGCCUACUACAUUCAGAUGCUGGAUCAGAUUUGUCGAUUUGAGUGCCAACCGACGUUCAGUCAGGCCUAUGGCAGUAGGUCUUAUGCCCGAAUUUGGUCUGAGAGUGGCCAUUCGCGACAUUGACGAUGCCCGACUGGGUGACGAGUGGGAGGUCGCUCUCGACAGUGUGGACUUGUUCAAUGCUCGCAUCUACGUCAAGCCGGUUCGACUAAUGAAGAGGGAAGCAGACCACCUCGAACAGUGA